AUGUUAGCAGAUCGUAAAAGAAGAAAAAUAACUGUUUACAAUUCAGAUACUGACGAAAAAGAAACAAUAAAUCCCUCAGGAGUAAGAAAAAUACCUGAUCUUUUUAAACAAUCUGCUAAAAUCUAUUAUGAAGCAGGUGAAAAUGGAGAUAUUGGACAUUAUUUUACUGGUAGAGGAACAGAAACAUAUAUACAGAUCAAUGAACGGAAAGAUUGUUUGCUAAUAGCUUAUCAUGAAUCAUUAGGUAGAAAAGUAAAUGAAAAUAUUAUAGGACAAGAACGAGUAUCACUACGCCGUUAUACUGCUAAACAUUCAGAAAAAUAUGUUAGAGGUAGAUGGGAGAUUGAUUUGAAUAGACGUAAUCAGAUGAUAGGUGAAAAAGAAAUAAAAUAUAAAUUAAUACCUGAAGCUAUGAAAAAAUUAAGGAAUGAAAAUGAUAAACUAGUGGUAAUCACGUCUCAGCCAUUUAAGGCGGGUACAAUAAAGCAAACAGAUACUGUACGCUUAGAUGAUCAGAAUUUUACUGGAAAUAGUGACUAUGUUAAUUUUCAAGUGCAAAUAGGUGGACAGAGAUAUAAACAUCAACGUAGGAGUAAUGAAUCUACAACUGUCGCACAUAUUUUAGUGACAAGACCACCAAAAGAUUCUGAUGCUGUUUAUCAUUAUAGCUCAAGAAAAAUUGCUAAGACCCUUCUUGAUAGUUUAAAUAAUGGUAAAACAGUAAAAUUACUUGCAGAAAAUCUUUAA